UCACAACAGAUCGUUGUCUGGGGCAAGAGGGCAGCAGGCCAUGCAUGAACACACAAUCCGAGAGAUAAUGGUGACCAGCUACUCUUAGGAACUAAGGAGAGAUUAGCUGUCCAUGUUUUCACUGCUAGGCAGUGUCUGUCUUUGCUAAAAGAGAGCACUGGGACUUGUCUUUGCUCCUUAAUAGGUUUCAAGUUUUUUUUUUUGUUCUCAUCUCAGCUCCUUUGUCAAACAUGGGGUGCUCCUCAUCCAGUGCACAGACUGUUGAUCAGGAGAAAAGACCAGGUACAAAGCCAGAGGAGAGCAAUGGAGACACAGUAGUCAGAAACGGUAUCAUCGCAGAAGAUGCGCAAACCAUUGAGGACCAGAUGCAGCUGCCUGUGCAGACUGCUUUACCAGAUGAUCUUCAACCAGGAACGGAUGGUGAGGCAGAGGCUGUGUUAGUGGCCCUGGAGGCCCAGGAGGAUCUUGGCUCUGGAGAGGACCUUCUGGCUGCUCCUGAACCACAGCCAGAACCUAUUGCCCCUGAAGAGACGGCUCCAGAAGCACCGGCUGCUGCCCCAGCUGCUGCUCCAGCAGAGGUCUCUAAUGAACCCGAGGCUGCUGUAGUGGUGGUGGAGGCACCACCCCCUGUGGAGGAAGUUGCCCCUGUAGAAACUGUAAUGGCUGAGGCCACGCCUGAAGUCAGCCUUGUUGAGGCCACAGAGGAGGCCCCUGUUGCUGAAUCUGUUGUGGCGGUGCAAGCAGAGGCCCCUGCUGUUGUUGAGGAGGUUCCUGCUGUGCCAGCUGAGGCCUCUCCUGAGGUUGCCACCCCUGCUGUUGAGCCUGUUGUAUCUGAGCCAGCAGAGGCCCCAGUGGUUGUGGAAGAGGCCGUAACUGUGGCCGUUGAGGCCCCUGCAGAAGUGGCUGCUCCUGUGGAGGUAGAGGCUCCAACUGACAACGUGGCACCAGAGACUGCUUCGGCAACAACGGCUGAGUCCUCAGAACCAGCACCAAGUGAGGCUGCGGCACCAGGUGAAGCUCUAGUACCAGAUGAGGCUUCAGCACCAAGUGAAUCCUCAGCACCUGUAGAGGCCGCAGAGCCUGUAAUAGAUACUGAGAUUGCUGCAGCAACAAUUCCAGAGAUGCUUCCAUUAUGUCCAAUCACAGCUGAAGCAAAAGCUGAGACUCAGCCUGCCACUGAAGAGGCCGCAGAACCUCCUGCAGCCCCUGCUGAGACUGCUCCACCGGCAGAAGCCACCCCUGCUCUGGCUCCAGAGCCUGAAUCUGCUGCUACUGAGCCGGUCCAGGCAGCAGAGGCUUCAGUACCUGCACCGCCAGUUUCAGAGACCCUCGCAGAAGUAGCCCCAGAAGCAUCACCUGCAACUGUGACAUCUGAGUCCAUGGUGGGCACUACAGCCCCAGCAGAGGCUCCUGUGGCUGAACCCAUCCCAGCAGACUCUGAAGCACCCACAGCACCAGCCCCUGCUGCUGACCCGGCUCCUGAACCUUCACCCAAUGUGGUGUCUGCAACAGAAGCCUCUCAGGAUACAGAGAGCAUGAAGACCAAAAAGGAGGACUGAGUUGGUCUAAGAAAUCGACCAAAAAUAAUGACAACUCCUAAAACUACAAAUACAAAGUGUACUGGAAGAAAACCAUGACAAAGCAACAAAACAAACACUACAUUUACAGUAUUCUCUCAUCAUCUCUCACCAAACCAAAUUACAGCAGAUACAUUAACAUGCAUGGUGCCUUAAUAACUUGUCUUUUAGGAAAGAUCAGGGUUUUUCCUACAUUUGUGAUUAUAAACCUUUGAUGAUGAGUUUUCCUACUGAGACCUGGAGUGCCUAGAGCCACACGUGGGCUUUUCUAUGCAAAGUGCUAUGAAAACACUUGGGACAGGUAACAUGAGACAAGACGGUGCAAUACUCUGUGAAAUCUGUGAACUCUUGCUUUAGAGAUUGUUAACUCAUCAGUGACUAGAGUGGCAGUGUGCUGAAGUGUAGAGAGCAAUGCUUACAGUGAAUCCUUGACUAUUUAAAGUAGCUGCUUCUGAGGAAUACAAGCCAAACACAACUGUGAAUAAAAUUAUGCGAAGAGGUCGAGGCGACACCAAAGUGUGUGAGAACACCAAUAUGAAAGGAUCACACUUUCACAAAUUGAAUUUUUACAUUUUCUGAAUUGUAAAUUGUGCCAUUAAUCCACAUCUUGCUCUGUGUUUACACAUUCUUUAAUAGCUGCCUUUUCAAUGAGGUUCGUUUAAUUAACAGGAAUGACAGUACUAAUUGUUGAGUGACAGAGUGUACAGUGUAAUACUGAUAAGCACUACUGUGAGUCAAAUCCAUGGUUUCUUCAAAAAACUUUUUUGAUAUCACUUUAUUGGUUUACAUUGGAAAAAUCAUGAGUAAAUGAUGUUUUGUGUAAGGAAAUAAAAAUGCAAACAGAUGAUCUGAUGCAUAUGCAAAUGAUUAGUAAUGACAUAAUGAAUCAUUGCCAGGUUAAGGAUGCAGAUGAUCCCAGUACUGAUAUGUCAUCUUGCAGUUUCAUGGAGCCAUUUUGUGCAGUUGCCUGGCAGAUGUUCAUUAAAUUCUCUUCCUGAAAAUAACGACAUUUCCAACUUACAGGCACUUACAGGCAUCAUAAGGCCUGCCAACGCUGAUGUAAAACGCACACUGGUUUUGCUGCAUGACAUACACGUGUAGUAAUAGAUCCCCCGGUGAACAGGAUAUUUACAUUCUCAUUAAUUCUACAUGCUGUGUUAAAAAGCAUCAAGGUUUUAGUAAAAGAUUUCAGUUACAUAAGUUGUGAUCGACUCUUUGGGAACAAAAAUCUGUUCUGAUGUCUGAUAUCCUUUUUCUUUCUAUCUGUUUUUUUUCUCUGUAAUAUAUUCAUUCUCUGAGCUUUGUCUAUGAUUCUGCUAACCUUUUAGUGUACAGAAUAAAGUUUUACC